AUGCUGGGCCCCCGCGGCGUGACGCGAGCACGGCAGCUCCGCCCCCUGCGUCUCUGGCCUCGCCGGCCUUGGGGGGAUGGUUCCAUCAUGGCGUCAAUGCAGAAACGACUACAGAAAGAACUGUUGGCUUUGCAAAAUGACCCACCUCCUGGAAUGACUUUAAAUGAAAAGAGUGUUCAAAAUUCAAUUACACAGUGGAUUGUAGACAUGGAAGGUGCACCAGGUACCUUAUAUGAAGGUGAAAAAUUUCAACUUCUAUUUAAAUUUAGUAGUCGAUAUCCUUUUGACUCUCCUCAGGUCAUGUUUACUGGUGAAAAUAUUCCUGUUCAUCCUCAUGUUUAUAGCAAUGGUCAUAUCUGUUUAUCCAUUCUAACAGAAGACUGGUCCCCAGCGCUCUCAGUCCAGUCAGUUUGUCUUAGCAUUAUUAGCAUGCUUUCCAGCUGCAAAGAAAAGAGACGACCACCAGAUAAUUCUUUUUAUGUUCGAACAUGUAACAAGAAUCCAAAGAAAACAAAAUGGUGGUAUCAUGAUGAUACUUGUUGAUGCCACUGUUCUCAUCCUCCUAGCAGAAGAUAGUCCUACUGAGAAAAUGAGCACUUUGAUCAUUCAGUCUUUGAACUUUAACCUUUGACUGGAAGUGACCUAUAGGCAAUGAAGACUGCUUCCUUUGACUGCAUUUUUACUCGUGUGCAUUCGGGGCGCAUGUUGAUCGCUGGUUGAGUCCAGGCAACUGACAUGCUUUGAUUAGUCAUACAGUAUUAAUGCAGGUGUCAGGAAAUGUCAAAUAUAAUUCCAUUUUUUAUUUUUAUUUUUUUAAGCUUUUGAAAAGUUCCAGGUCCUCAUGUAUUGUGCAAUAACAAUGACUUCCUUGGCGGUUUUGGGACGUUCAUUGCCGGCAAUGGACGUUGUAACAGGAAAAAAUUUCAUUAACUUCUGCCACUCAAUGAUUAAUGCGUGAUAGGGCCUAUGACAUGAACUUAACGGUUAGAGUGGGAUUAUAAAUAAAGUGAGGGAUCCAACAUUACUCUGAAAGUCACCCCAACUGCUCAUAUUUGGAUUCUAUGCACUGUGAACCUAAGGUUAACAGCAUGAAUUAACAUGCGUCUUUAAAGGACUGUAAUGAAAGAUCAUUGCGUAUUUAUUGAAUUGUUUAUAUCUGCUGUCAAAUUGUUUUGACAUGGACGGUUUUCAAGUAACAUUGGCAGAGAGGUACAAUAUGUUAUCCCUAUGGUGAAAAUAAAUUCGUUUGUUGUACAUAGUUCCUCAAUCUCUGAAGUAAAGGUAUGAGUAAUAUAGGGUAUAAAUGGUUUAAUCAAGGCUUUAUUUUGGAAGUAAGAAAAAUGGCAGUGGUGAUUAAACUGCUACAGUCCGUAAUUUGGGCUUGUUGUUUGUACAUUAUCAAUUUUCUCCAAAUAGAUGACACUCUGUUACUUCCUGCUAGCCAUCAGCAUGAGCCCUACUGCCUAAACACUAUUUCAUUUAUUUAUGUUUGGAAAAUCCAUAAACAUUUUUGUUUGCAAUUUUGUUUCUUUUGUUAUGUUUGAAGUCAAGUUUGAAUGUUAUGAUACUUUAAAUUGAAAAACUUUUGUCAAGUUUUUUCUUGUAAAUUUUCUUUACUUGUAAGUAUCAUCUUGUCCUUCUUUCCUGUACCCUAAAAUAAGAAAUACAUUUUUGACAAGAGGCUUAAUGUUUUAACAAAAGAGUGUGGACAUUUUUAUUUUAAAAUUUAGGCAAAAGUACACUAUAGAACGGUAUGUUUGCUUAUUUGUCUCACACAACCAUACAGGUUUUUUUUUUUUCUAGAGGGAUUUGUUUUGUUUUGUUCUGUUUUGUUGUUAUUUAAGACUUCACUUAUAGGUAGACAACAUUUUUCUAUAGAAAAAAAUUGUUUGAAAGGUCCAACUCUCAGUACCAUGUAAGUUAAUGAUACUGCAACUAGGUUCUCUUUUUAAAAAGCAAUUAAUGUAUUUUAUAAAUUACCUUUUCACAUAUGCAAAAUCUGUUUCUACUACAAUGUUAUUUUUACUAAUGCCUGUUGUUGCACUCUAUGACAUAUCCUACAGUGAAUAUAUGAAUCAAUUUGGGCUUAAAAAUGAAAGCCAGUUGGCUGAAAGGUUUGAAAUAUGUACCCCAGCAAAACCAUCCAAUCAAUAAUUGGCAGAGAAUAUUUUAAAAAUUGUUUUUAAUCUCUGUAUAGAUGACAUUUUGUAGCUUUGUACAUGUUGUUAAUUAAGGGCAUAUAAUUUUACACUCUAAAAGUAUAAUUGUUGAACUCAGGGGUGGGUAGACUUCAAAAAUAUGUCUGCUGUAGAAAUUAACUUGAAAAAAAUUUUUAAACUAUGGCCAGCCACCAAAUUGUGGACACUGUUUAUACUGCUAGUUAUUCAUAACAACUACCACUGUUCAAAAGUAAAAACAUUUUUGUUCUGUCGUGCCUAGAUGUACAUAAGUUCUCUCAGCAGUCUCUUAUCAGUCCUAUUAGUUGGCCAGUUUAGCUAAGACAAAAAAAUGUUUUUUGGAAUGCUUUGAACUGCUCUUAGUUUUUAACUGCUUUUUAAUAUGAAAAUUGCAGCUGUAAAUGAUGUAUUUUUCAUAUUUUACAUAACUGCUCUAGACUACUGAUUUCACUUGGUCAUUUUCCCGGGUGGGGGUGGGGGAAUCUCUCUCCAUACUGCUGGUCCUCUUACUAAAAUCCUUUUAUAAGGAAAUGACCUGUGACAUUUAUUCACCAAAGGAAUUAAUAUACCAGGUCAAAGGAUAACAUUGCUAUCAUAUAGAUUAAUAGGUCAUAUAUAGUCUCAAUUGAAUUUUUUAAUAUGAAUAAUACUAUUUUAACAUACCUCUCUCUCUACAUAGAGAUACCAUAAAAUAAAUUAAGAUGACAAAAAGGAAAGUAGAGGAGAACCAAAUAACUCUGGUACAUUUUAUGGUUUAAGGAAAAGAAGACAGGACGAAAUACCUAAAACAUAGAUGCACCAACCAUUCAGAAUUUGCAGUCUGAUAACACCUGCGUUACUUCCUUGAACUUUAGGAAUCACUGAAAACUCAUGUGCACUUAGAUUUAGUUAAUUUUAAAUAUGUUACAUUAUUAAAAGAUGUUUACCUAAGUCACUGCUCAAGAAGGGGCAAUUACCGACUUUGUAAUAAUAAAAAUAUUUCUCUGUAAUACGUUGUUGAAUAACAACCAGAAUACCAAGCAAGUGUGUACAUAGGAACAUGCUACUUCCCUCUUGCCCACAUUCCCUCUGUGAGGCACUGUCUGCUGCAGAGCUCUACAGAAUUAGACCUUCAGAUUGAGACAGCAUGAACUCUCUCUGUCUUUAUUUAUUUAUUUAUUUAUUUUAAGGCCAUUCUUCUGGUUUGCCAAAUUCUGUUAAGGCAGUGAUACAUUCAGUUCCUUAUUUUGCAUGCUUAGAUCACAAACUUGGUGCCCUUCCCCCCAAAAAAAGUCAAGUAGGUAAUUAAUACCAUAGAUUUUAAAGAGAGAAAUGGUUUUCAGUUUUUUAAGAUAAAUUUUUAAAAACAAAUUUUAUGGCAGUUCUCUUAAGGAAUUUAAUACUCAUCUCUAAAGGACUGACUGGUACAAAUUCCUUUUUUAGCCAGCAGGGAAAUAAGGCUUUUUUUUUUUUUUUUUUUAAUUCCUGGAAGAAAAUGCUAAAAAAUAGCUUUUAUAUACAGUUCAUCUGGAGAAAGAUCUUGAUCUUUAUUGUUUUGACUAGGUAUAUAAAUAUUUGGUACAAAGUAAUGAGAAUAGUUAGCUACUUUUUCCCUUUUGAAAUUUUAACUAUAUGCAAAAACAUAUAUCAUUAGAUUCCUGUGGUGGAUAAUAAUUUCUUCAGAUUCUAAAACAGGUAUCUAGUGACUGUUUAAUUGUUCCCAGGUUGCAUCAAAGAUAAGUUGAAAUCAGUAAUGAUAUGAAAAUGAUAUGUAACCACAUAUUACUUGUUCCUGGUAAUCAAGUCUUAUUUUUUAAAAAGCCUAUUGUUUUUGAGAAUUGAGACAUUGAAAACUUGUUAAAGCUUCUUCCUAAAAAUAGAAGAGAAGAGGAGGUACUGUGUGUUUAAAAAAAAUUUUUUUUAAAUAAAGAAUUCGGUGUCACUAGUUCUCAGCCUUUAUGGUUACUGCUGCUUAUAUUUCUCAAUCUCACUUUUAUUUAGUUUUUUGUACAUAUUUUAGCUGAAUGCAUAAGGUUUGUAACUUGUGUAUGCAUGUUUAUUUUCCAAAAGAGCUGAGGCUUGACUGAAUGUCCCUUUGAGGAUUCAUUGCUACCAAAAGCCAGCUGCUGCACUAUUCUUUUAUGCUGAUACCUUUGCAUAAUUAAGGUUUGUGAAGAAGGUGUCUUUAAUCCGCACCUCCUGGCCCUAGUCCUCUUUGCAGUCUUUGUUUUUAUUCCUCCUCUAUUUUUCUACCUUCUCAUCUCACAGGUAUCAGUGGAUCAGUCUUCAGUUGCCUCUCUGACCACUCAUUUUUCUCCCCUCUUCCCUCCCUUCUUGUCUCCCUUCCCCUUUACUCCCCCUUUCCCAUUCUUGAGGAUAGGAAAUCCAGGAGGAGGGUUAUUAAAAUUACAUCCAAAAAAGUUUUAAUAAAAGGACUCCAUCCUACAAAAAUUUCUGAUAAGUAAUUUUAGUCCAUCAGUAGAUGGCUAAACUUGUUGAAUAAUUUUAAAAAAUGCUUGAUAAAUACGCUACCAGUUAGCUCUAAUUUAGUUCUUAAAUACUGAUAUUGAGGGAAUUUUGUUUACUUUCUGGAUGUGACUCUCUCAAAGCCUUUUUUUUAAGAUUUUGUUUUGUUUUUGAUAUGAACCCUUUUUAAAGUCUGUUUUGAAUUGGUCACAAUACUGCUUCUGUUUUAUUUUUUUUUUAAUUUUUUUUGGCCCUGAGGCAUGUGAGAUCUUAGUUCCCCAACCAGGAAUUGAACUCGCACCCCCUACAUUGGAAGGUAAAGUCUUAAGUGCUGGAACACCAGGGAAGUCCCUCAAAGACUAAUUAUUGCCCUAAUGAAUUCAAUUACUUAUUUUGAUGAACAUGUUUUUCCUUUUAAGGUUCUAAAAUCAUUUUUGAGAUUUGCAUGGAACUGUUUUUUAAAAAUAAUUUGUGGGAGAUUUUUAUCUUCUCAGCAUAAAUUAAAGACAGACCUAUAUACACCCUUAUCACUAGAGGUCCAUGGAAUCUAAAUUUGUACUUCAAACUUAGAUCUCUGUCCUUCAAGUUGAAGUUCUAGUUCUGACUAUGCUCCUGAUAAUUUAGAUUUUUAUUUUUAAUUUCAUUCUCUAAUGUUAGUAUUACAACUUUUAUUUGGGGAUGAAUCUCAAAAGUUAUUACAUAAUAUCUUUUUUAUAAAAAAAUUUUUGUUAAUAUAAGUGUGAUAUCUGAAGCUAUUUUGACUACGUGGUAGGAAUGUCUGAAUAGACGUCAGUACAUCCUCACAUACCAAAACUCAAGUGUUUCAAGCUGAGUGCAGUUGAUUGGGGAAAGGAGAAGCAAUUCUUUUCUAUUUCUUGGUAUACACAUCAUCAAGGGUUUUGAGAAAACUGAUCCUACAAUAAUUCUCAGAGCUGUUUUCUCAAAGGCAAAAGUGUGGUUUCAAAACUCACAGGGCUUUGGCUUGUCAGAUGUGACUUGUCAGAUUUCGUGGCACAUCAAAUAAUUGAAGAAUCCUGCCUCUGUAAUUAAAAACCUGAAACAGGGCAAAUAAAGAGUUUGGUAGAUGGUUUCAGAUAACUAGAAAUGCUAGUCUCUUCAUAGUUAACCACAGAUUGUUUACAUAAUGCAAAUUGAUUGUCAAGCUCAAGGUAACAGUUAUUUGAAUAGAUUAUUAGGUCAGUUAUCUAGUAGCCAAGAGUUAGAUGCAUGUUCAAGUUAUAAUGAAUUUUUUUAUUUUUAGCUGGUACCAUUUUUCUCUUAAUAUUCAGAAAUACAAAUUGUGCAUUUUAUUAAUAAGAAUGAAAGCUCAUGCUGGAAGAUUUGCAUAGGGUGGAUGUAUAUAUUUUAUAAAAUCAAGUUGUAAAAUAUGUAAAGCUACUGCUUUUUAAAUAGAAUAUAAAUGUUGACAGAUAAAUCUAUAUAUUAUAUAUUUUUAAAUACAUGUAUGAAACUUUUGUUAGUUGAAUAUAAACUACAUUGUGUGCUUUAUGAAUCUCAGUAACUUUUAAUAAUAAAGCAGUUGUCAUUGAUU